GUUCCGCGAGCGGAGAACUUGGCCAUGGUCCGCGAGAGCGUUGAGCACCUAAAAAUGGCCGGGAAGGAGGUAAUGCUGGACAUGGAACACUUCUUCGACGGGUGGAAGGCUAACCGAGAGUACACCAUGCAGGUGUGCGCGGCGGCCGUCGGGGCGAAGGUGGACGUGCUCGUGCUUUGCGACACCAACGGAGGGUCUCUGCCGUGGGAGAUUGACGAAAUUGUAAGCGACGUCAAGGCUGCAUACCCCGGUACUCGCCUGGGUAUCCACUGCCACAACGACCAGGGGCUGGCCGUGGCGAACUCGCUUCAGGCUGUCAGGAGCGGGGCGGAUGUUGUGCAGGGCACCGUGAACGGGAUAGGAGAGCGGACGGGGAACGCGAACUUGAUGACCAUCAUCCCUACCCUUCAGCUGAAGAUGGGGGCUCCAUAUACCGGCAUGAGUGCGUUUGCCCACAAGGGCGGGAUACACGUCAGCGCCGUAAACAAGAUCCCUGACUCGUACCAGCACAUCGACCCCGCCCAAGUCGGAAACAAGAAAAGGGUGCUUGUCUCGGAGUUGUCAGGGCAGAGCAACAUCCUGUCGAAAGUUGAGGAUUCGGGAAUGGCUAGCAAGACCGAACUCAAGGCCUCGAAAGUCUGGAGGGAACGCAUGGGACAGGUGCUGAAAACGGUCAAGCGCUUGGAGACGGAGGGGUACAGCUACGAGGGCGCGGACGCCUCCGUGAACCUUCUCGUCCGAAGAACGAUGAGCGGCUACGUCCCUCCAUUCAAGUGAGAGGGCUAGAUUCACAGCCGCACUUCACAGCAGUGCUGUAAGAGUGCUUCACAGUUAGCCCUGCGCCUGACCCUGUUUUUGGGCCCAAAUUAUGUCACACGGAGAAUCUUUCGAACAGCCCAUUCUUCUGAAGUUUGUUUUUCGUGGCCAAUCAAUCCCCGCAUUGUUGGCGGCCACGUCAGUUCAACAAGCGAAAAGACUGCACAAUCCGCGGUGGUGGGUCUUUUUUUUUUUUUUGAGUUGAUGACGAAAUAGGAUUGCUGUAGCCGCCCCCGUUCCCACCCGGCUGUGGGGCCGCAGAGACAUUGCGUAGAGAACAGGACAUUCACCGCUACUCAUGCCGCAGGAACGGUCGCAAAAGCUGCAGUAGCGCUGGCGGUAGAGCCAUUGCGCGCUGGCACAAAUUUCAGACAUGUGCGGAUGGCGGAAAAAGAUACACCCGAUCAGCGAGAGCAGGCAUUUCACGAAAAGCAAGAAAACCACUGCUACUCGUGGUGCAGGAACAGUAGCAAUAGCUGCAGCAGCGCCGGUGGCAGGGCCGUUGCGCCAGUGCAAACUUUGGAGAUGAUGAGCGGAAAAACAAAAACCGACCAGAAUGAAGAGCAGGUGAUCUGGUUUUUACACUAGAGUACAAAAAGGAACUGAGGCCGC